GCAGUUUAACAACAGAAAGAAAGGAAGACUAGUUGCAACAGCGUAGAAAAAUGUAUCUUGUUAUUAGCGGCCCACUGGAUAGAAGCACAGGCUCUUACGGUGAAACUCAAGGUUUACUCUCAGUAAACAUCACUGUUCAGUAAAGCCACAAUCCCUCAUUUGGGGGCGUCUGCUACAGUAUGAGCUUCAGAGGGUCGAGAAUGAGUGACCUACCUGCACAUUGAAUAGAGCGUCUCCUCCCUUCACACAACGCGGCCUGGACUAUUUAAGGACUAUUAGUAGUGUGCUGAAUGUGCAUAUAAUUUUACUUAGGAUAAAAUACCCGUAUCCGGAACUUAAGUCAGCAUUCAAUAAUACGGAACGUUUCGUUGAUGGACCUGUCCGACAUGGUUUUAUGUCCGCUUCAGGUCACGGAAGAUUUUAGUUUCUAAUAAUCGUUUACUUUUACUGUUGCUGUGUGAAUAUAUAGGAUUAUUUCAGAUAACGUUACACGAUAAAGAAAAUGAGCUUAGUGAUUUAGAUUAACCAGUCCUAAAUGCUUUUUAAAAAGACGGGUCAACAUCAAACCAGCUUUAACUGUAUGUAGCAGUCACAAAAUUAUUAUUUUUUCCCUAGAUAAUUAUUAUUAAGCUUAUAUUGUAAGUGUGCGAUCCGUUGAAUGGUAUAGUCUGAAUCAAUAAUAGUCAAAGGUAGCGAUAAGUCUUCUCUUUGCCUCUACUCGUUAAUUGAAGAAAUACAGCCAGUCAUCUGUUACUACAGUGUCAUAAACUGGUCUUCUAGUCCAAGCCGUAUUGACUUUAUCUUCUCCAAGGCUACAUAAUACGCGGAUCCUUACAUUAUGGAUAUAUAACAUUUCAACUGUGAAUUGGACUCGACUCCCACUCAUUUCUUGCAUAAAUGGAUGAUGACGCACCAGAUGAGGUGUUUACUGACCUCAGGACCAGACACCUUGGAGGUUGGGGUGUUGUGCAGAUAGCUGCUGGCACUGGGCUUGCUGUCUAUGCCAUGUGGGUUGGAGUCCUUCAACCUGGCUUUCGGAGGGUGCCACUGAAGUUACAGGUCCCUUACAUCCCUGCCAGCAAAGCACAAGUAAAAAAUGUGAUGACUUUGAUGAGAGGUCGAACAGGAGAUCUAGUCGAUUUGGGAUCUGGUGAUGGUCGUAUUGUUUUGGAAGCCUAUCAGCAUGGCUUUAGCCCAGCUGUUGGCUAUGAGCUCAACCCCUGGCUUGUACGGCUAGCUCGCUUUCAUGCCUGGAGAGCAGGAUGCUAUGGAAAAGUGUCAUACAGACAAGAAGAUCUCUGGAAGGUCGACUUGUCCAAAUGCAAGAAUGUCACAGUAUUUCUGGCUCCAAGUGUGCUGCCUUUAUUACAGAAGAAGUUGCAGGUUGAACUUCUGGAUGAUGCCUUAGUAGUGGCCGGCCGUUUCCCCUUCCCAGACUGGAGCCCUUGCAGGGUUGAGGGGCAGGGAGUGGACAGGGCCUGGUCGUACAGCAUGCAAGCACAACGACAGCACACAAGUCAAAAAAAUUAAAACCUCAGGCCAACAGUGAGUGAUUCUGACAAGAAACUGGUUCAGGAAUAACGAUGGACUUCGAAGAUAAAUUGAUGCACUUAGUCAGAAUAGCAAAGGUUAAUAGACUUUACUUUGGGUUAACCAUUCUGAAGUAGUGAAGUUUUAGGUCUCAAUUUGACAGUUUUUACAUUUAAAAAAAAAUAGUAUACCCUCCUUAUGUCAUUUAAUUUUGACAUCAUUUAGUCUUUACAAAGUUUUCAAUAUUGCACUCUUGUUUAUUUAUACAGGUGCUAAAUUAAGACACUGGUAUAAAUUAGACAAAAUAAAACCCAUGGGAAAAAGGCUUGUGCAGUGACCUUUGGUAUAUUGAUUGAGUUAUUGGAACAAAUUUUACUAGAGAAUAGCUACUCUGCCUAAAAUGUCCUACUUUCUAGGUGCACUGUCCUGUGGAACUGGAGUUAUGUUACCAUAUUAAUUUUUUGUUUUGUUUUUUUUACUUGCCAUAUCUCAUAUUUUAGCUUAUUUAAAACAAAAGCUGAUGAGCAAAAUAUUCUGUCGUUAUUAAGGACAGUAAAAAUUGCUCUCGCAUUUUUUACCUGCACCAUCAUAAAAAAAAAAAACUUUUAUGUGUUCUAUAAGUUGUUUUGCUGUUUAAACUGUAUACCAAUAACUGAUGAUUAAGGGUGCUGUGUUCAAUGUAGAUAAUUAUCAUACAUUGAUAUUAUAUUUUGAUUACAAUGCGAGCAAUGGAAACCAAGUUAAAUUUCUUGUUUGUAUCCAUGAACCUGGCAAAUAAAGUUGAUUCAGAUUUUUAUUUUCAUGAACAAAUAAGGUUCACAGUGGUGCAUUGAUUUGCAUAUUUAGCUUUAAUGUGUUUUUAUGUAUUACACACUUGUCUUUUGUGUAUUUUUUUUCUGACAGAGAUAACCUUAUUUAUGAAACAUACUGUAUUUUUUUUUCCCUAAGCUAUAAAUAAAAAGUAUUGCUAUUAUCUAUCUAUGACUAAUAAAUUACCUUUUAAUGCA